AUGAUUUCAAAGAAGCUUCAAGGAGUUGGCACUCCAGACUACAACACAGGAGUGGUCUCCGGAGCAGCACAGGCAGUGGAGGUGCUUUUUCGACAAUUCAUCGCUGUACAGGAAGACAAACACCAAUGGUUGGAACAGCGAUUCAAAGGUCUGCAACACCAGUUCAACCAGGUACAGGGACAGGCGAAUUUGGUGCAACAGUUACAGUCCUCCAACCCGGAUGAAUCUGUUGAAAGAAGUAAAGGAGCCUCAGCAAGAACAUGGGAAUACCCUCGUCUGAUGCCCUUCCAGGAGCCCGAGGACUUAGAACAUUACCUUUCAACAUUCGAAAGGGUGGCUACUGUGUGUAACUGGCCAAGAGCAGAUUGGGCAAUUCAUCUUGUUCCUUUACUUACAGGAGGGGCCAGGGCGGCAUUUUUGGCCAUGCCAGUAGAGGAGUCCCUGAUCUACGACUCAUUAAAAGCUGCCAUCCUUGAGAAGUACGAGAUCAGCAUCGAAACGUACAGGGUGAGGUUCCGUUCUCUCGAAUGGGAGGAAGGUCAGUCUCCUAAAGAACUUCUGACACUAUUGAAGGAAUUAUGCACAAAAUGGUUACAACCCCAGAAACACUCAAUAGACCAGAUAAUUGACUUUAUUUUGUUAGAACAACUUUUGCAGGUAUUUGACAUUAAACUCUGUACAUGGGUGGAGGAGCAUUGGCCAAAGAAUUCUAAAGAAGCAGCAGAACUGGCUGAGGUGUUCAUGGCUGCCCAUCGUCCAAGGAACCUGCGGAAGGAAGAUAAAGUCAUUCAGAGGCCCAGAACCACAGCUAAGCCCACAGGUAUGUCUCGGGGUGAAAUGGGUCGUGGUCCUAUAACCACCAAAGCCAGAUUAUAG